AUGGCCGCCAACAUUCGCUUCAAACUCAACACUGGCGCUGAGAUCCCCGCGUUGGGUCUGGGAACAUGGAAGUCCGAGCCCGGCGAGGUCGCAAGGGCAGUUAGCCAUGCCAUCUCAGUAGGCUACAGGCACAUCGACACGGCCCUCUGCUAUGGCAAUGAGCACGAAGUCGGACAGGGUAUCCGGGAAGCUCUCGCGACGGGCAAGGUCAAGCGCGAAGAGUUGUUCGUCACCACCAAGCUGUGGUGCUCGUUCCACGCGCGCGUCGAAGAGGGCCUUGAGGAGAGCCUGAAGAACCUUGGACUGGACUACCUGGAUCUGUUCCUCAUGCACUGGCCACUGGCCAUGAACCCCAAGGGAAACCACAACAUCUUCCCCAAGCUCCCGGAUGGCUCGCGCGACAUUGACCACAGCCACUCCCACGUCACAACGUGGAAGAGCAUGGAGAAGCUGCUGGACACCGGACGGGUCAAGGCCAUCGGUGUCUCCAAUUACAGUGUCCCGUAUCUGGAGGAGCUCCUGCCCCAGGUCUCGGUGGUGCCCGCGGUCAACCAGAUUGAGAACCACCCCUCGCUGCCACAACAGGAGAUUGUCGACUUCUGCAAAAAGGCCGGCAUCCAUAUCACUGCAUACAGCCCGCUCGGCAGCACCGGCAGCCCGCUGUUCACAGCCGAGCCCAUUGUUGCCGUGGCACAGAAGCGCGGUGUCAGCCCGGCCACCAUCCUUCUCAGUUGGCACAUCGCCCGAGGCUCCUCGGUCCUCGCCAAGUCCGUGACCCCGGCCCGCAUCGAGGCCAACCGCACAGACUUGAUCCAUCUCGACGAUUCGGACAUGGCUACCAUCGCCCAGUACUGCGAUCAGCUCGCUGCCACCAAGGGCUUCCAGCGCUUUGUAUUCCCGCCAUUCGGAGUGAACUUUGGCUUCCCGGACAAGCUGUAA